AUGCAGACUCGAAGGCUUCUCGAAGAGGUGUCCAUUUGUGCAGCGAUGAGCAUGUGCACCAGGGCCAGCUACUGGGCAGCUAGCUUGGCCCUUUUCGCCGGAUUGGUUUUCCACGUGGAUCCGGACCCGGUCACCUUCAGCGCUGCCCUGGCUGCUUGCAGCAGCGGGUCUCAAUGGACAACCGCCAUGUUGCUGCUGAAUGAGAUGACAGAGAUCGCCGUGCAAGCUGAUGCCAUCUGCUUCAACUCUGCCAUCAGUGCUUGUGAGACUGUGUGGCAAGUUGCACUAUGGCUGCUGCACAGCAUGACCAUGACUGAAGUGAGGCCCAAUUGCAUCACCUUCAGUGCCUGCAUCAACGCGUGCCCGUGGACGACUGCCAUGCACCUGCUCGAUCAAAUGCAGAGCAACAGCAUCCAACCUAACACCGUCACACUCAACACUGUCAUGAAGGCCUGCGGAUCACUGCAGUGGCAGAUUGUCUUAGAAGUCAUGGCGCUGUUUCCUGAGAUGGCGCUUCGCUCAGUGCUCUUGCAAGAGAUGCUGGCCAGGCGCGUCAAGGCCAACGUGGUGUGUUACAACGCAGCCAUCAGCGCCUUCGGUGCAGGAGGGCGCUGGGAGCUAUCACUGCAGCAUUGCCGUGAGCUGCUGGCCGCGUCGCUGCCUGACCAAGUGAGCUGCGGUGCUGUGAUGGAUGCAGCUGCCAAGGGAGGUCGCUGGGACUGGAGCCUCACUGUUCUCUCAUCCAUGGGAAGGUGGAGGCUUGCACCAGACAUCUUCAACUACAACAUUGCCAUUUCAGAGGCAUCCCACUGGCGGCAGUCACUGCAGCUGCAAGGAUGCCGCGAGUCAGGCAGAGCACCGAAUGGGAUCACCUACUCCAAUGCCCUGACAACUCUCGCAGCGCGUGGGUGCUGGAAGUUCGCCCUGUGCAUGCAUGCGGACCGACCGCUGCUGCAGCGAUGCUUGGUUGAGUCUGGUGCAUGUUGGCGCACCCUUUCAAAGUUUCGAGCUUCAUGCUCCGCCAUCCAAGGAUGGAUGGCGCAGCAAGGCAUGGAGACGAACGAGAUCUGUUACAGGGCAGCCAUGGGCCAAGCUGGCCCAGCCAAGCCACGCAACGAGACUCCUUUGAAGGACAUGUCACCAGCGAUUCCAUGGUGGCCUGUGGCACUACUCCUGCUGGUGGAUCCAUCGACUCCAGCGGGCGGAGCUGUGAGCUCUGUCAGCUCUUUCGACAGCGCACUCUCCGCUUCGGAGGCGGUGCAAGCAGCCUGGAGGUCAAGCCGGAUCCAACGACACGGCGGCGAGCUGCAGAUUCUUCCUGAGCUCUCCGAGGAUCAGCUCCAGGGCCUCAGCUUGCAGGAGCUCAGCAUCCUUGCAUGGUCGACGGCCUCCUCGGGAGACACGCGGCGCACCUGGGAUGCUUUGUUCCGAGAGGUCCAAGCUCGGCUGCAGAGGCGAGAGGAGCGGCGGCUGCCGCUGCGGGCGCUGGCGACCUUGUCCUGGUCUUUUGCCUCGGCGCCGUUGAGGUCACAAACCUCGCUGUGCGAGGUUUUCUAUGCUUUACAAAGGGAGCUUGCCAGCCGCGUGACCGUCCUCAGAGGCAGAGAGGCAAUCAGUUCCAGCACCGAUAUGCUGGAAGUACUUUGGGCCUCAAGCUUUGUGGGCUGCCUACAGCCCCGCAGCCUCCCUGCAGUUUGGAAAGCCCUCCAGCGUGUGGCACGCAGACUUGAUAGCAUGGCCCACCUGCCCUCGUCCUCGUCCUCGUCCUCGGCCUCGACUGGACGCCUUGACCCACUGGCUUCGGAGAUGCAGGCGCCUCGAGUCGUGCUUCAAUUCCCCGACCGGCUGGUGGUGCACAAACCACCUGGAUGGCAGGUCGAUGAGUCUGGGGACGCUUCGGGUCUGCCGCUUUCCAGGUAUGUGCAGAAGCUCUGCAACAGGCCAAUUCACUACGACGAGUCCCACCAAAGAGGCUUCCUGCAUCGUUUGGAUGUGCCAAGCUCCGGGAUGAUCCUCGUCGCCUCCACUUUCUCCGCUUACUACGAUCUUCAAUUUCAAUUGUCCGCGGGUAUGUUAACCCGGGACUAUGCUGUCCAGUCACACGGCUGGUGCAGUGACCGUGGGAUGAUUCGUGCUUCAGUUGCCUGGGCUGAUACCGGUUCCAAAAAGGACUCCCCAAGCCGUGUGACUGCCGGCGAGAACUCCCAGACACACCUCAAGGUCUUACUGCACUCGAUGCACAUGGGACGUGCGCUCUCCUUCAUGGCUAUACGGAUUGGAACGGGGCGGAAACAUCAGAUCCGAGUUCACACGGCUCAUGUGGGUCAUGCGACUGUCAGCGAUGGUCUGUACUCCACAGCCGAGACCUACUCUGGUGAUCAGGGUUGGUGCCAGCGGAUAUUUUUGCACCGGUACCAUCUCUCCUUCCGCUCGCAAGCCUUGCACGGAGAAGAGUUCGAGGCCCGUGACGCACUGCCGCCGGAUCUGCAGGACUGUCUUCAGGUGGCACAGGUGGUGCGGCCCUGCUCCCAAAGGGCAGCCAGGCAGGGGAAGAAGGGGAAGGGAAAGGGCAGAGACGGGAUGGAAGGGCGGGGAAGUGAGGUCAGCGCCAUCCGCCUCCCUGCCACCCUGGCACUUGUGUUCGCAGCUGAGCAGGAAAAGAAGAGAGACAAGCGACCAGCAGCAACUCGUGCUCAGAUCUUCCAUGCACUGCUCGGUCUCAAGAGUCGGCUCGAACCUCUACAUGCCGCUGCCAGCAGGGGACCAUGCCUUGUGCUGACGCAAUGUGCGGAAGCUCAUGCGACGAUUGCGCCAUGCGUCUGCACUGGCCGCCUGGUUAACAACACGGAGGUCACUUUCCUUGCGCAAGGCAGUCAAGGCAAUGAGGCCCUGACAGCUCUGAAGCUCUCGCGAGCUCAGUACCUGGCCACCCGGAGUGUCGAGAUGUCCACUGACGUGCGAAAUUACACUUGCGGACUGGACCUGGGAGACCAUCCCCGUGCCGUGACUGCGGCGCUGAAGAGGCUGGCUCGGCAUGGAGCAGACUUAUCAGACGUGCUUCUUUCUAUGCGCGCAGCGACGAUCGAAGCCAAUGUCUACCACUACAACACCGCCAUCUCGACUUGCCAGGGGCCUCUGUGGCAGUCUGCCUUGCACUUGCUGCUCCGAAUGUCGGUGCAUCUUGUGGGUGCCGAUGCCGUCAGCCAGAAUGCUGCAAUGGCAGCGGUAGGGCCUCUGUGGCAGCGGAGCGCCAACCUGUUCAGGGACAGCGACAAAGAAGGAGUUGCAUUCAACAGCAUGCUGUCUUCCUGGAGCAAGGUGGGCAACUGGGAGCUGGGACAGAGUGCCUUGAAGGAAAUGCGGUGCAGUCUGGUGCAACCAGACCAUAUCAGUUUCACCACCUGCCUGGAUGCCAGCGGCCGAGCAGACCAGUGGAGAAAGUCAUGGUUCCUGCUGGGGCAGAUGCGGACCGAUUCCCUCCGUGCGGACGUGGUUGCCUGGAACUGUGCCAUCUCCUGUGGACGGGUCAGCUGGCAAAGAGCGCUGGAAGUAGUAGCAGCCAUGUCAUGGUACGCGCUGCAACUAGACGUGGUCAGCUAUGAUUCCGCCAUCAGCAGAUGCACGGGCAAGUGGCAGCGCGCCUCAAGCCUGAUGGGCCUAUCAAUGACCCUCCAUGCUUCGCUCCGUGCUUCGCUUGUCACCUACCAUGCAGCCAUGACCACCUUUGAGGCCCCUCAGUGGCGCUUUGCCCUCGGUUCUCUUCAAGGCAUCGGAAGUGAACGACUGAAGGCAUCGGCUCUGACGUAUAACUCUGUCCUAUCUGCCUUUCAAAAGGCACUCCGAUGGCUCCAGGCAUCGGAAAUGUUGCGGAGCAUGUCCGUCUCAGCACUGCAGAAGGACUCUUAUACUUGCAGUGCUGCUCUAGGUGCCUGUCGAGACUCUUGGUCACUGGCCGUUGAACUUGUUGCCGGCAUGUGCCGGAGCGAUCUCCCUCCCAACGCAAUCGUAUUCAAUGCUUUGGCCAGUGCUUGCGGCCAGGCAGGCCAAUGGGAGCUUGCCCUGCGCCCCUUGGAUGCUGUGGGCGACUGCUUUACCUAUGCUGCAGCCAUCAGCGGCUGCGAGAAG